AGGAGGGGGAGGGAGGGAGGGGGAGGAAGCACCUUUGGAAAUAAUCCUUUCUCCCUGCCGCAGAAGACAGAAGCGGACGGAGGAGAGGCGGCGGCAGUAGCGGGAAGACUGGGGCUUGCAGGAUGGCGACCGUGGUGGUGGAAGCGGAGUCGGAGCCGUCCUGUAGCAUCCCCAACCCGGCAUCUACCUCUCCCAGCCUUUCGCACCGCUUCCUGGACAGCAAAUUUUACCUGCUAGUGGUCAUCGGGGAGAUAGUGACCGAGGAGCACCUGCGACGCGCCAUAGGCAAUAUCGAGCAAGGAAUCCGAUCAUGGGACACAAACCUGAUUGAAUGCAACUUGGAUCAAGAAUUGAAACUUUUUGUAUCUCGACACUCUGCACGAUUUUCUCCUGAUGUUCGAGGACAGAAAAUUCUUCACCACCGAAGUGACGUUUUAGAGACUGUCGUCCUGAUCAACCCUUCAGAUGAGGCAGUCAGCACUGAGGUGCGCUUGAUGAUCACAGAUGCCGCCAGACACAAACUGCUUGUGUUGACCGGACAAUGCUUUGAAAACACAGGAGAACUGAUCCUCCAGUCGGGUUCUUUCUCCUUCCAGAACUUCAUAGAGAUUUUUACUGAUCAAGAGAUUGGGGAAUUACUGAGUACCACCCAUCCUGCCAACAAAGCCAGCCUAACCCUAUUCUGUCCCGAGGAAGGGGACUGGAAGAACUCAAACCUUGACAGACAUAACCUUCAGGACUUCAUCAAUAUUAAACUCAACUCAGCUUCGAUAUUGCCAGAAAUGGAGGGACUUUCAGAGUUUACCGAAUAUUUGUCAGAAUCAGUGGAAGUUCCAUCUCCCUUUGACAUCCUGGAGCCUCCUACAUCAGGAGGAUUUCUGAAGCUCUCCAAACCCUGUUGUUACAUUUUCCCAGGGGGGAGAGGUGAUUCAGCACUAUUCGCCGUCAAUGGAUUCAACAUGCUUAUCAAUGGAGGAUCAGAAAGAAAAUCCUGCUUCUGGAAACUUAUUCGUCACUUGGACCGAGUAGACUCAAUUCUACUCACCCAUAUUGGAGAUGACAACUUGCCGGGAAUCAAUAGCAUGCUGCAGAGGAAAAUUGCUGAACUGGAAGAGGAGCAGUCCCAGGGUUCCACCACCAACAGUGACUGGAUGAAAAACCUCAUCUCCCCAGAUUUGGGAGUUGUCUUUCUCAACAUCCCUGAAAACCUGAAAACCCCCGAUCCAAAUAUCAAAAUGAAGAGGAGCAUUGAAGAGGCUUGCUUCACCCUUCAGUACUUAAACAAAUUGUCCAUGAAACCAGAACCCCUCUCUAGAAAUGUCGGGAAUACUAUUGAUCCGGUCAUUCUUUUUCAGAAGAUGGGAGUUGGGAAGCUUGAGAUGUAUGUGCUCAACCCAGUCAAGAAUAGCAAGGAGAUGCAGUACUUUAUGAACCAAUGGACUGGAACCAACAAAGACAAGGCGGAACUAAUCCUGCCGAAUGGCCAAGAAGUAGAUAUUCCUGUGUCCUAUUUGACCUCUGUUUCUUCUCUGAUUGUGUGGCACCCAGCAAACCCUGCAGAGAAAAUCAUCCGGGUCCUGUUUCCUGGCAACAGCCCCCAAUACAACAUACUAGAAGGACUGGAAAAACUCAAACAUUUAGACUUCCUGAAACAGCCCAUGGUCACCCAGAAGGAUCUCUCUGGCCAAGUGGCUAGUCCGGCCGUGAAACAAGUCAAACUGAAACAGAGAACAGAUAGCCGGGAAAGCCUCAAACCCGUUGCAAAGACUCUGUCCAGCAAACCAGUCAGGAAGGAGUCUAAAGAAGAGACACCUGAAACAGCCAAAAUCAACCACGUGGAAAAGGCAUCCAAAAUUGAAAGCAAAGAAAAAGUGAUCGUGAAAAAGGAGAAACCCAUAAAAACAGAAGUCAAACCUUCAGCACCUGAAAAAGAGGUUUCCAACAAAGAAGAACAUUCCACAGUGAAGGCCGAAGUGGCUGAAAAACAAGCUACGGAUGUCAAGCCCAAGGUCUCCAAGGACAAAAUUGUGAAAAAGGAAGUGAAGGCAAAAUCUGAAGACAAGAAGGAAGAGAAGGAAAAGCCAAAGAAAGAGGUGUCUAAAAAGGAGGAAAAGAUUCCUCUCAAGAAGGAGGAGAAACCUAAAAAGGAAGACAUCAAGAAAGAAGUCAAGAAAGAAGAGAAAAAAGAACUCAAGAAGGAGGUGAAGAAAGAAACACCUCUGAAAGAAAUCAAAAAGGAGGUAAAAAAGGAAGAUAAAAAGGAAAUUAAGAAAGAAGAAAAGGAAAUCAAAAAAGACAUUAAAAAACUUCCUAAAGACACAAAGAAAACAUCUACUCUCUCUGAAGCCAAAAAGCCCAUCUUGAAACCUAAAGUGCAGAAGAAGGAAGAACCCAUCAAGAAGGAGGCUGCUGCCGCUGGAAAACUCAAGGAGAAAGGGAAAAUCAAGGUGGUGAAAAAGGAGAGCAAGGUGUCCGAGAGCGCUGCAGCCGCCAUUGGGACAGCCGCGACAGCUGUGGCGGCAGUGGCAGCCGCUGGAAUCUCCACAGAGGGCCCUGCCAAGGAACUGGAAGCAGAGAGAUCCCUCAUGUCCUCCCCUGAAGACUUGACCAAGGACUUUGAAGAGCUAAAAGCCGAGGAAGUGGAUGUUCUCAAGGAGACCAAGCCUCAGCUAGCUCUGAUAGAAGAUGAGAAGAAACUGCCGGAAACCGAACACGUUGACGCUUACGACAUCCAAAAGGAAACGGAAGUCCUUAAGAGACCCGCCGAGUCCCCUGACGAGGGCAUUACUACGACCGAAGUGGAAGGGGAGUGUGAGCAGACCCCCGAGGAGCUGGAGCCCACCGAGAAGCACAGGGAGGAUGACAAUGAGAAGUUUGAGGAUGAAGGCACAGGCUUUGAAGAAUCCUCAGAAGCUGGAGAUUAUGAAGAAAAGGCGGAGACGGAGGAAGCUGAGGAGCCUGACUAUGAAGGGGAGGAAAAUGUGCCCCUGAGCAGCGCCAAGCGCGGCGUGGAGGAGGAGGCAAGGGUGCUCGACGAGGAGGAGGAAGCCGAGGAGGAUAGGAAGAUGGAGGCCGAUGCACGUGGGAAGGAGAAAAGGGAAUCUCUGGCAGGAGGCGACGAGCGAGCUGAAGAAGACAUGGAUGAGAUCAUUGAGAAGGCAGAAGCUGAAGAGACAGAGGAGGAACUAGAUGAGGAGGAAAAGACUGAGGAUGCCAGAGACGAGGACUAUGAGAUGGAAAAACAUCUAGCCGAGGAAGACUACGUGAUGGCUGUGGUGGACAAGGCCGCGGAGGCCGGUGACAUCGAGGAUAAGUACGGCUCCCUUCUCACCCCGGGCAAGCAGUCAGGAGCCCAGUCUCCAGCCAGGGAGCCCGCAUCUUCCAUUCAUGACGAGACUUUGCCCGGUGGCUCGGAAAGCGAGGCGACCGUUUCCGAUGAGGAGAAUCGGGAGGACCAACCUGAGGAGUUCACGGCUACCUCAGGCUACACGCAGUCCACCAUUGAGAUUUCAAGCGAGCCCACUCCCAUGGAUGAAAUGUCCACUCCUCGAGAUGUGAUGAGUGACGAGACCAACAACGAGGAGAGCGAAUCUCCUUCUCAGGAAUUUGUGAACAUCACCAAAUACGAGUCUUCACUGUAUUCUCAAGAAUUCACCAAGCCCAAGCUUCCCGAAGCUUUCAAUGGAUUAUCCGACGGCUCCAAAACUGACGCCACCGACGGCAAAGACUAUAAUGCUUCUGCUUCCACUAUCUCACCCCCUUCCUCGAUGGAGGAAGACAAAUUCAGCAAAUCCAUUCUACAAGACGCUUACUACGCUGGUGACAGGGAUGUGAAAACUACCGCUACACUGGAAAUCAAAGAUGGCUCACCAGCAGAUGAAAAACUUAGUCCGGCCAGGAGUCCCUCCCUGAGCCCAGCUCCUCCAUCCCCAGUAGCCAAAACACCUCUUGGGGAACGCAGUGUGAACUUUUCUCUGACCCCCAAUGAGAUUAAAGUUUCAGCCGAAGUUGGAGUCAUCCCCAAGUCUCCUGAGCUACCUCAGGAAGUCCUGGAAGAACACUGUGCGAGCCCAGAGGAUAAAACCCUGGAAGUUGUCUCCCCGUCUCAGUCUGUGGCUGGCAGUGCCGGCCACACGCCUUACUACCAAUCUCCCACAGACGAGAAGUCCAGCCAUCUCCCCACAGAUGCUACUGAAAAGGCUCCGUCUGUCCCUGUAAGCUUCGAAUUUGAUGAUACCAAAGAUGAAAAUGGGAAAACUUCUAUCAGCCCCAUGGACGAGCCAGUCCCUGACUCGGAGUCUCCCAUCGAGAAAGUCUUAUCUCCUUUACGCAGCCCUCCCCUGAUUGGAUCUGAAUCUGCGUAUGAAACCUUUCUGAGUGCUGACAUCAGGCCCUCCGGCAGACACGUUGAGAGCCCCUUUGAAGAAAAGAUUGGAAAACAAGACUCUCCGUCUCAGAUAAGUCCUGUUUCUGAAAUGACUCCCUCUGGUCUUUACCAAGAGCAACAAGAUGAGAAAAGCGCUGAAUUUAUGCCAAUAAAGGAAGAUCUGGGUCCAGAAAAGAAAAUGGAGGAUUUUGAAGCCGUAGGCUCUCAAGCAGACCUGACUUUGGAUGAGAGGAAAUUAGCAGGAGAUGUCUCUCCUACACAGAUAGAUGUCAGUCAGUUUGGAUCCUUUAAAGAAGACACGAAAAUGUCCAUUUCUGAAGGCACCGUCUCUGACAAAUCGGCCACUCCUGUGGAUGAGGGUGUAGCAGAAGACACGUACUCACACAUAGAAGGUGUGGCCUCGGUGUCCACAGCUUCGGUGGCCACCAGCUCAUUUCCAGAACCAACUACUGAUGACGUGUCUCCUUCUUUGCAUGCUGAAGUUGGCUCCCCCCACUCCACAGAGGUGGAUGACUCCCUUUCAGUUUCUGUCGUCCAAACGCCCACUACUUUCCAGGAAACUGAAAUGUCUCCAUCUAAGGAAGAAUGCCCAAGGCCAAUGUCCAUUUCACCGCCAGACUUUUCCCCUAAAACAGCCAAAUCCAGAACGCCGGUGCAAGAGCACAAAUCUGAACAGUCAUCCAUGUCUAUUGAAUUUGGUCAGGAGUCUCCUGAGCAGUCCCUGGCAAUGGACUUCAGCAGGCAAUCUCCAGACCACCCUGCGGCUGGCAUGAGCGUGCUCCAUAUCUCUGAAAAUGGACCCACUGAAGUGGAUUACAGCCCCGACAUGCAGGAGUCCAGCUUUUCGCACAAGAUACCACCCGCCGAAGAGUCGUCCUAUGCCCAGGACAACGAUCUUUCUGAGCUCAUCUCCGUGUCUCAGGUAGAGGCAUCUCCGUCUACUUCUUCAGCACACACCCCCUCACAGAUAGCUUCUCCCCUCCAAGAAGAUGCUCUCUCCGACGUCGUUCCUCCCAGAGAAAUCUCGCUCUAUUCUUCGCUCGCCUCUGAGAAAGUGCAGGGUCUCGAAGGAGAGAAGCUUUCACCAAAGUCGGAUAUCUCUCCGCUGACUCCAAGAGAGUCCUCUCCUUUAUAUUCACCCAGUUUUUCAGAAUCCACCUCGGCAUUCAAAGAAAACGCAGCUGCUUGCCGCAGUCCUUCCCCAUCUCCCUCAGUGGGUACUUCCUCCGCUGAGCCCUACGGCUUCCGCUCCUCUGUGUUAUUCGAUACGAUGCAGCACCAUCUGUCCUUGAACAGUCACCUGCCUUCAUCCGGCCCGGAGAAAGACCAAGAAGGGAAGAUGUCUGAUGACUUCAGCUACACCUACCAGCAAACUAACAAGACCACCCGAUCUCCAGAUGAAGACGACUAUGUGUAUGAGACAUGUGAGAAAACUUCCCGGUCCCCAGAACUAGGCAGCUAUUCCUAUGAGAAGGCAGAAAGAAUUACAAGGUCUCCCCACGAUAGUGGCUACUCCUAUGAGACCAUUGAAAAGACCUUCAAGACUCCUGACGACUGUGGCUUUGCCUGCGAAAUUACCGAAAAAACCAGACAGACUCCUGAAGAAGGCGGCUACUCCUACGAGAUAAGUGAGAAGAUCACCAGGACCCAUGAGGUGGGAGAGUACACCCACGAGAAGAUGGAGAGGACCGCAAGACUCUUGGAUGACAUCAGCAACGGCUACGAUGAUUCUGAGGAUGGGAGCCAGACGCCGGGAGACUCCACUUACUCCUAUGAAACUACCGAAAAGAUCACCAGCUUCCCUGAUUCCGAAGGUUACUCCUACGAAACACCUAAGCGGACGAGCCAGACCCCCGAGUCCUCUCCUUACUGUUAUGAGACGCCUGAGAAAAUCACCAGAACUUCCCAAGCUUCUACCUACUCUUACGAGACCUCAGACCAAUGUUUCAGCGCGGAAAAGAAAUCUCCCACCCAAGCCCGCCAGGACGUCGAUCUGUGUCUCGUCUCUUCCUGCGAAUAUAAGCACCCCAAGACUGAGCUCUCGCCCUCCUUCAUCAAUCCCAACCCCCUGGAAUGGUUCGCCAGUGAGGAACAGACCCAGGAAUACGAGAAGCCCCUGACUCAAGCCGGAGGAGGCCCACCUCCCCCAGGGGGAAAGCAGCAAGGGCGUCAGUGUGACGAAACCCCCCCCACAUCAGUCAGCGAGUCGGCCCCAUCUCAGACAGACUCGGACGUGCCCCCGGAGACGGAGGAGUGCCCUUCCAUCACGGCCGACGCCAACAUCGACUCGGAGGAUGAGUCAGAAACCAUCCCCACUGACAAAACGGUCACGUACAAACACAUCGACCCACCCCCCGUCCCCAUGCAAGACCGCAGUCCCUCCCCGCGCCACCCUGACGUGUCCAUGGUCGACCCAGAGGCCCUGGCGAUCGAGCAGAGCCUGGGCAAGGCCCUGAAGAAGGACCUCAAGGAAAAGACAAAGACCAAGAAGCCGGGGACAAAGACCAAGUCUCUGUCACCCGUGAAAAAGGCUGACGGGAAGUCAAAGCAGGCCGCGGCCUCCCCCAAGCCAGCUGGCCUGAAGGAGUCUCUAGAGAAGGUCUCCAGAACGACUUCUCCCAAGAAGAAGGAGUCUGUGGAAAAAGCCACCAAGACCAGCGCCACCCCCGAGGUCAAGGCUUCCCGGGCGGAGGAGAAGGAUAAGGAAGCGAAGAAUGCCACCAACACCUCAACGUCCAAGUCAGCCAAGACCGCGACUGCAGGACCUGGGCUUACUAAGACAGCCAAGUCCUCAGCCGUGCCUCCAGGACCUCCGGUGUAUCUGGACCUUGUCUACAUUCCCAACCACAGCAACAGCAAAAAUGUCGACGUAGAAUUUUUCAAGAGAGUGAGGUCAUCCUACUACGUGGUGAGUGGGAAUGACCCUGCAGCCGAAGAACCCAGUAGAGCUGUCCUGGACUCCUUACUGGAAGGAAAAGCUCAAUGGGGAAGCAACAUGCAGGUGACCCUCAUCCCAACUCACGACUCCGAAGUGAUGAGAGAAUGGUACCAGGAGACCCAUGAGAAACAGCAGGACCUCAACAUCAUGGUUCUAGCAAGCAGCAGCACCGUUGUCAUGCAAGAUGAAUCCUUCCCUGCAUGCAAGAUUGAGUUGUAAAAAAGCAAAAAGAACACAACACAACCUUAAACUUUGUUUCCAGAAAUUCUUCAAUUUGAAACCACCUUUUCUAAAAACACACACAAAAAAAGUUAACCCAUCCAAUUCAACCGCUGAACUAUUUACCUGCCAAAUGCUAUCCUGUGUCAUGGUGAUACAAGUCACUAAUAUUUUUCAGUUUUUGCUGAUUGCUAAAGGGAAAUAACAGUAUUCCCACAAUAGGGUUCAAAUUACUACAAAAUUACAAAUCCUGGCUCAUCUCCGCUGAACGUUUAGAAACCAUGCACUAGCAAACCCAACUUGACUUCUGCCAGGUAGAGGCAUUUGUCAGAAAGAGAGAGUGAGAGAAUGAGAGAAAAAGAGGGAGAGAGAGAGAGAAUGUAUAGAAAGACAGUAAAAGAGUGAGUGCUGGCAAGAUAGAUAAACAGAGAGAAAAGGGGUAGGGUAAGGAGGAGAAAGUAACAAACAAUUAGGUCUGUACUUGUCUCGGGCAAUAGGUGUAUUUACUUCUGCAGUUUACUUAGACUAUCACAUGCAAAAGCAAGUUUUCAAUUUAUAGGAGUCUGAGUUAUCAAAAAAAGGGUCUUCAUUUACAAAAUCUAAGUUGUCUGGAAAACCACCCACGAGAACAACAAAAAAAAGGAAGGGAAGUGACUCUGAAGGGACAUGAAAUCUUCCCAUCUCACCUGUUCUAGUUUGAACUCUGCAUACUGACAUAGCGUAAUAAUCUUAGGCUGGACCCCCAAGUAGUUGGAACCCCCUUCCGAACUCUCAGAACUUUUCUUUUAACUUGCAAAUAGGUUGGUCUAAGGCAUGCUCCCAGUGUCCACCCACUUAGUCCACUCUGAAUCACUCAACCUGCAUGCGUGAACACCCAAGUCAACAGCCAAUUAACUGAAGCAAAAUACCAAAGCAGUUGGGAGUACAUACAUACCUACGGUAGACAAUUUGCCUUAGAAAGUGACUUGAAUGUACAAAGAUACUUGAUGCACUUAUUUUUUAAUGUGAGACAGCAAGUUUAUAAAACAUCCGUGUAGGAUUAUAGAUACACCAGUCACAGGAGUGUGAGUGUGCAUGUGUGGUAUUAGGAGCCCAUCUGGUUGGUCCAGCAGCUUGGUGCUAGGAGGGACGGAUGGCGAUGGAACCCACCAGCUCCACAUCAGUGCACCACGGCCCCUCGACCCAACAAGACAAGCCUUUUUUGAAAGCUUCUUUUAUACGACAGCGAGAUCAAGCCUGACGUGGCGUCUGUGACCAGAAGUGGGAAACGUAGCGAACCAUUCUCAGUGGAUGUUGACAGAGGUUCUCGGCGAGUGUACAGUAUUGACCUUCCUUUGUCUUUCAUUGGCUUUUUUUUAUUUUCAAUUAAUUUCAGAGCAAUUAUGGAAACAAGUGUACAGAAGAAAUUUUUUUUUUUUUUAGCUAUAUGUGAACUUUUCAUAGAUGAACUUUUUAACACAAGUUUUUGUUUACAGGAAAAUGCAAAGAAAAAAAAUUCAGGUGAAGGUAAUUUUAUUUUUUUUUAAGAAAAAGUCUUUUGUAAGACAAACAAAAAAUGCCCAUCAAUAAUGUUAUUUGAGGUUUUGAUGAGAAUGAGUCUGGUUUUGCAGUCAUGUAUUGAUGAAAGCUCCUGAACUGCCAGGAAUAAUGGUUCUUUUCCCCACCACCCAGUGUCACAUGUCCCUCCCCCUCCCAACAACAUUUAAAUUUGAGUGUUAGUGAUAUUUGAGAGUGGGGACCAACAGGACAGGUACAGCACUCAAGAGUUUUACUUCUUUCAACAUCUUCAGCAAUGAGAUGAAUAAGUCAAAAUACAUUGAAAGAACCCAAGCAAAUUUUUGCUUUGGCAUUUUUUUUUCCUUUAGGAAAAAAAAACAAACAAACUAUAUUUUAAUUAAGUUCCCAAUUCCUACAGAAUCAUAAUCUACAACAGAGAUCAUUUCUCCCAUCAUGGCCAUUUGACACAUUAGUUUGGGAUGCUUGAUGAAGAUCAAGCUAUGGUUCAGGUGAGAUAUCGGGGCUCCCAAAUAUCAAAAGAAGGAUACUUAUUAAAGAAAUUGUGCGUUCUGCACACCUCACAUUUCCUGCAGACUCUAAGGUCCACUAAGUAACUGAACAGUGACCUCAUUUUAUUGUCCGUUUGUUAUUUAUUUCAGAAUUAACAUUGUUAGUUUAUUUUUGUUUGAUAAGGUGUAUGUUUGCACUGCUAACUUUUAUGAGGGUUUAAAAAUGUGCUUCAGAGCCCUUUCAUUGAGGGCUCAUGCAGUCCACUUAAUGCUGUGAAUUAAGUUUUUCAAAUGUUUAAUUUAAAAGAAAUUAAUAUUCUAUUUUUGUUAGAUGUUUCUAGCAACACAGCCUUUAUUUAUUACUCUGUCUCUUCAAAAAUCCUUUUCAAAAUAACUCAGAAUUAUUAUGGAACAAAAAAAACACCCCAUAGACACACAAAGGGAAUUUAUGAAGAAAAUCAAAUUUACUGAGUUCAUAAUCACUUUCUUAGAAUUUAUUGUAUAGGACAGUUUAUGAAAGAAAAAAAUAGCUGAUUACUUAACUGAUUAACCUGAAUUCUGCCACAAUAUUAUGCAGAUAAGAUUCUAAAGUUCUAAAGAUUAGCGGAGGAAGAACAAACUUGCCACCUUCUUGCCCAAUUGAGAAGUCUUGAUAGCUUUUUAAUCUGGUAGGAGGUAUACUUAUGGUGGGACUCCCCCAGUCAUGUUUGGUUUGGCUCAUAUGUUAGUUUUGCUUGUAAGCAAAUGAACAAAUAUUUUGGCCAAAUAGCAGUCCAUUUUCUACUUCUAGUAUAUUUUCUUUUUUUGCUGCUACAGAAUUAAAGAAAGGGAGAAAGAAAGAAAGAAAGAGAAAAAAAAAAGAACUGUUACUGGUCAGCUGGCUUUUUUUCUAUAAAAUAUUGUAAUUGCUUCCUCUAUUCACCUCCAUCCUAAAUAAUGCAGUAGCCUGAGUGUUACAGAGCAAACCAGGGUUUGUAAUGGGACAGCUCCUCUAGCCCGAAAGCCUUUCCUGCCCAUAUGAGUAAAUUUGCUCGUUACAGACCGACCCACUUGUUUUAGCACCCAUCAUCACAAUGUACCGUGUACAUUCAUGGUGAGCUCUAUAAAUCAGCACAGAUUUCUAGGAGCAUGGUUUGAUAUAUUAAUUCCUCCCUUGCAUAGGUUCAAUAUAGUGCAAAACACUCCGUUUAAAUGACGGUAUUCCCCAUGACAACAUCCAUGAUCAUGACCUCGGUGGUACUCUGGACAAAAUUUGAUGGAGAAUGGACAUUAGAGAUGACGCUCCAUUUCCAAUGGGAACCAGCUCUCCUUCCUUCCACCCUCUUCCCCAUGCAUGCUUUCUCAGUCUUGUGGUGGGACUGGAUACAUUGACUCCCUCCAAAACCAUCUCCAUGGCAUUUAAUUUUUCUUUUCACUUAACAUAGAUCCCACGGUGUAUAUGAAUGUUUUUAAGUGUCUCCAAUAGUUUACACAAUUUAGGAGCUUUCCAAGGCUCAUUCCCUAAGACUUAAUCAUUUGGUUAAUGGUGUUUUACAGCCCCCCUUCCCCACCCCGUCUGCUCCCCCAGUAAACCCACAGCACCCCAAAGCUGCUGUGCUACUUUAGAACUGCUGUCUUGCCUCUAUUUCAGGCACCUGUUCCUGGGAGGUUCUUGCUCAGUGAUGAUAUUGUGAGAGUUUUUGUAUUUUUUUUUUUAAUUUAGUAGAUCCGAAAGCGGUUCUGUUUACAUUUGAAAGGAACUGUAAACUUUGAUCUUUUAACUGAACAACACACCAAAAGUGAUCUAGGGAUGAGCAUUUCUUUAAAUGCGAUGUCAUUCACCUGAUAUAGAUAAAUAAAAACUACAACCGCACAACUAACAAACGAAAAAAAAAACAACAACUUAUUUGUUGUAACUUGAGGCAGCACCCACGAAAAGUCAGAAACACAACACAACAAAACAAACACAAAAAGCUUCUCUGUACUAAAGUAGUUUGGCUCUCCAGAUGACAAGAGGUACUGAGGAUAAAUGCAUUCAAGACCGGGCUGCCUGAACGGGGGCAGCCAUCCCGCCAAGGGAGGCGACGGCUCGUGGUCUCUGGGACGCCGCUGACCUUGGGAAGAGUCU